UUGUUUUUAAAGAGCUGUUCUAGGGUUUUCUCCGAUCAUGGCUCCUGAAUCGACGGUGAAACAAGCUUCGACGACGGAUAUGGUGAAUUCUUCUCUAAUGGAAGAGCACAAAGUCGAAGAGGAAGAAGAAGACGGAGGCAGUGAUAUCGACAGAAGGUAUAAAUACGUGCCAGGACCAGAACCGGAGUGGGAUGUGGACAGCUACGAUGGUCGUGAAUACGAAUCCGAUCCUGAAGAUCGUCAAAUUUUCUCCGAUGAGGAUGAGUAUAAUGAAUACCGUAUCCGCAAGCGUCAGGCUUUCGCCAGUAAGGGUUUUAUUCCUGAACCUUUGAGUGGAAUCUACCCAAUUAAGUAUCUGGAUGAAAUAGCGUAUCGUAACAUGACUGCUCGGGAGUUGAUGACAAAUCUUGCGAACUUGUGUGUUAAGAAAUUAAACGAUGAGAAGGGACAGACUGUGGAAUUGGUAGAGAUUGUCAGAGUUAUUGACUCAGGAGGAUUUAGAUGGUAUUCAUAUAUAACGUUUAUGGCUCGAGAGUAUCCUAAUGGACCUCUUGUGGAGUACCAAGCCAAAGUCAUGAACUAUGCAGGAAACGAGAAACCUCCUUUCCCGAUACUUUGCAGACCAAGUCCUAAACUCUCUGUUUAGACUUGCAUUUUAGAUUGGGUUUGUUGACGCCUAGCUAACCAAGGCUCAGAUGCAAUGAGGUUGUAGUUUUAGGCUUUAUUAUAUUAAGUGUUAAGUGUAGUCAACUUUGGGACCUAUAUAUGUGACCUAUGACUAUAAUUCUGUUGUACUUUUAAUGGUUGAUGUAUCAUUGAGACUAUGUUCAAAUAAUGCAUACUAAGAAGAUUUGCCAUAUACUUUAACUAGU